AUGGCUCCAGAACUUCAACAAGACGGAGAAACUCUGCCCCAAAAUAACAACACUUACACUAGUGACCAUGACGCUCUUCACAAAACCAAAGUCACCGUUGUGGGUAGUGGCAACUGGGGCAGUGUGGCUGCCAAACUCAUUGCCUCUAACACCCUCAGGCUCUCUUCUUUCCAUGAUGAAGUGAGAAUGUGGGUAUUUGAGGAAACGUUACCGAGUGGUGAGAAGCUCACAGAUGCCAUCAACCGAAACAAUGAAAAUGUGAAAUAUCUGCCCGGCAUAAAGCUGGGGAAAAAUGUUGUUGCAGACCCAGACCUUGAUAAUGCAGUGAAUGGUGCAAACAUGUUGGUGUUUGUUACUCCACAUCAAUUUAUGGAGGGUAUAUGCAAGAGACUUGUUGGGAAGAUAAAAGUGGAUGUGGAAGCUAUUUCCCUCAUCAAAGGAAUGGAGGUCAAGAUGGAGGGCCCGUGCAUGAUCUCUACACUCAUCUCAGAGCAAUUGGGCAUUAAUUGUUGUGUUCUAAUGGGAGCAAACAUAGCUAAUGAGAUUGCUUUGGAGAAAUUUAGUGAAGCCACAGUUGGAUACAGAGAAAACAGAGCGAUUGCAGAGAAAUGGGUUCAUUUGUUUAGUACUCCCUACUUCAUAGUCACACCUGUCCAAGACGUGGAAGGAGUAGAACUGUGUGGGACCCUGAAAAAUGUUGUGGCCAUAGCAGCAGGUUUUGUGGAUGGAUUGGAGAUGGGAAAUAACACAAAGGCUGCAAUUAUGAGAAUUGGUCUAAGAGAGAUGAAGGCAUUUUCCAAGAUGUUGUUUUCAUCUGUCAAGGACAGCACCUUCUUUGAAAGCUGUGGUGUUGCUGAUCUCAUCACAACAUGCUUGGGUGGAAGAAACAGGAAAGUUGCUGAAGCUUUUGCAAGGGGUGGAGGGAAAAGAUCGUUUGAUGAGCUCGAAGCAGAAAUGCUGCAGGGUCAAAAAUUACAGGGUGUGUCAACAGCAAAAGAAGUUUAUGAAGUUCUAAGCCACCGUGGGUGGCUGGAGUUUUUCCCACUGUUUGCAACAGUUCAUGAGAUCUGCAUUGGCUCCCUUCCUCCGUCAGCCAUAGUUGAGCACUUUGAGCGCAAACCUGAACUCUAG